CGUCGUCACGUCCGCUUCCGCUGUCACUAUUGACGGCAGCACUAUCUCUAAGCUGCGUGUUUGUUUGUGUUGGCGCAUUAUAAUUAUAUUCAUUACUUAUGUACACUUAGCAAAACAAAUGUCAACAUCGAGGUUCAUUUGUUGACACAAUAUCGUGAAUGUUAGCCAGUUGGCUAACACCAGCAUCAUGGCAAGCGCUGCUAAUGCUAAUGCUAAUGCUAAUGCUAAUGCUAAGCUAAACGCAGUGCGGGAGACUAUGGACGUGUUACUGGAGAUCUCCAAGCUGCUGAACACCGGCCUGGACAUGGAGUCUCUGUCCAUCUGUGUGAGACUGUGUGAGCAGGGCAUCAACCCCGAGGCUCUGUCGGCCGUCAUCAAGGAGCUGAGGAAAGCCUCGGAGACCCUGAAGGCUGCUGAAAACUGCACAAACUAAAAAUGAGACCAUUUGUUUGGGAUUAUUUGGACUGGAACACACCUGUGUGUUGUACCUGCACUCAUGGCAUCCUGUCCUCUCUCUGUCCCCCUCCAUCCUUGCCUUAAACUAACGGGGGACACCUGACAUCUAUGAUAGUAUAUUUUUAUUUUAUUCACAAAGUGUCGUUUGCUUUUGUUAUUUCCGACUCUCAAACAUGCAUUUGAGAGUCAAACCUGAAAAGUGGAAAUGAAAGCUCUCAUCAACAGCCACUAGGGGGUGCUGUGGCUUACUAAUAAAAGGUGCGUGUGACCAUUCAACUUCAAAAUGUGCAACUUCCCAAUGCAAAGCUCACAAUGUAAUCCUGGAAUGAAACAUUUCACAAUGCAAUCCCCCCGCAUGAAGAAGUAUUCCGUGGCAACUGCGGUCAUAAUACUGCAUGAUGUAGUUGUACUCAAUCAACAGCACUGCAGGAACACAUUAAAAAGAUGUGGAAGUAUCAAAAAGUCCUUUUUCCAACACAUAAAACAUUCACAUCCAUUA